CUACGAUUUCCCUUACUUCGUGUCACAGCGCGAUUUACAAACGUCCUAACGUUGUAGGCCGUGUAUUGUAUGACUAAAUAUCUUCUACUUUUCACAUCUAGAGCUGUUUCUUUUAAAGAUCGUCGCUUAUUCCUUACUAUACCAUAAGUUUUUGAAUGGAAACUUCAGAAAACACUACUACAACACCGUCAAGUAUCCCCGUGCUAUCACUUGUUAAGUCAGCUCAACAACAACAUGGUUUACGUCAUGGUGAUUAUCAACGCUAUCAUCAGUAUAUUUCUCGAAAACUCAGGAGAAUGAGGAAAUCACUACAUUUUCAGCAAGGGAAUCGAUCAAAGGUUGUCCCUAAAAAGUUAACUCCAGACAUUGUGACAAAUCCACGUUUCAUUAUUUUAGCAAUCUUUGAAAUUGAACGAUCAUGGGCAUAUGCUAUGCAAUUGAAAGCUGAGUCAAGCACUGAAAUUCGCAAGCGUUUCCAGAUGUGUUCUCGACUUCGUAAAGCUGUUGCACGUGCCGAACUUUUGUGUAGUAUGGAGGAUGAUUUGUCCUUAUUAGAUGCACAAACUAAACUGGAAUUGCGAGCAUACAAACAGUGGAUUCGUGGGAUUCUAUUCUUCGAACUACAGAAUUGGGCCGUGGCCAAGGAACAUUUAGAAUCAGCUCAAGCUAUCUAUGAUGUUUUACUUCAAAUGGUAGAUGAAGAUAACCAAGCUGUUUAUAAGUCCCGGAUUGAUGAUCUUUUACCUCAAAUUCGAUACUGUGCACAUUCGAUUGGGGAUGAAACAGCAGCUACAGAUUUACAACGCAUGCGCAAUCAAGCACCUGAUGGUUUAACUCUUUUAUCGGAACUUCAGUUAGAUCAACUUCUUGGUCAAGCUCGAUCCAGGCAAGCUAGUCAAGUUAGUGAAGUUGAUUGGUUGGGGACUUCGAUUCCAGUAAAGUCAGAAAAGGCGAAAAUUGCUAUUUUAACAGUGGAGGAAUCUAAGUCAGAAUUGGAAAAAGCAGAAACUCUUCAGGCUAGAUUGUCUAUCUAUGAAUCUAUAUUGAAAUUGUGUGUUGAAGCAAUAACAUCUGUUAGAGAUGAGCUACGUACUGCAAUAGCGUCUGAGCCAUCUGUUACUGGAGAUAAAAAUACAGCUGCUGUAGUGGCUUCUUCCAAAUAUGGUCAAACCUUAGGUUCUGAAAAGGUUUCACGACUCCAGCUUUUGUAUACUUAUUUACAAUACUUGAAAUUAUCUAAGACGAUUGAUCGAACACUUCUACAUAUUGAAACUACUAUUUCUAGCCUAGCAGAAGGAAGUCACAAACGAAACCAACUUGCUACUAGUGCUUAUCCUAAACCACAAGAACUGUCUCGUCUGUAUGAUACGUUAGUACAAAAUUUUCAAGAGAUUAUCUCUCUACCAUGUCUGGUGCAAGAUCAUGUUGGUUUGAAGGAUCUAUUGUAUGCAAAAAUGCUGUCUUAUCGUAGUUAUCGGUGCUAUUAUUUGGCCCUUGCCUACAACUGUAGUAAAAAAUACGUUGAAUGCUCUGCCCUUCUUACGAGGGCUAUUCAACAUGCCGAAAAAGCAAUCACUUCUCUUAAACAUUCCACUUCAACCUGGACUAAAGCUGAGGAAUGUAUCGCACCUGGUCCGGGUCCUGAUGCCUUAUCGAAAUCUCUUCAGUCGCUUAUAUUACAAGCUGAGUCAGAGGAUUUCACUUGCAAAGCAGCCUCAAUGCUUGACAAAGUAGAAGAAAACGGACCAGUAUCCAUCACUCCCCUUGUUGGUACUACAGAAGUGGAUCCCUCACGAAAAGUUCUGACUGACCGCCUGGAUAUCUACGUUGACGAAAAAUCUGUCGAGAAAUCAUUCAAUAACUUUAUUUAUCCCUUUGUUCAUCUACCUCCCAAGUUUCGUCCUGUCCCUGUGAAACCAAUUUUCUUUGACCUUGCCUUAAAUCAUAUUAAUUUUCCAUCUUUGGACGACAAAAUAGGUCUGAAGGCUAGUACACCUUCCAAGUCUUCUGGUCUUACAGGCCUUAUGCGUGGAUGGCUAUGGCGAGGUUCAGAGCCAACAGAAUCCUAAAUCUGAUGUUGCGAUACUACUUUGUCUAUAUGUUUGAUCGUUCUUUCGGUUUUCAUACAGAUAUUGGUAUUGUAUUUUAAUUCCUGUGUACCGCAGGCUGAGUCGUAUUUCUCUGGUAUAUUCUUCUCUUAUACUAUAAAGUGGAUUAGUGCUCAAAUAUAAUAUUACUUUGAUUA